AUGAGGUUUUUCACUGCCACGGUGCUCGGGCUCCUCGUGCCCAGCCUGGCUACCGCUUCCAACUUGACUACGCCAUACCAGAUCGCUGUACCAGCCGACUUCAAGCCUCCUCAGGUCUUCAGGAACACCAAUUUGGUUCGGAACACCAAUUUAGAAAAGGGAUACGUCCGCGAGACUAUUAAUGUGGUGGUGGAGAAUAUCGACAAGCAGCCCCAGAGCCAGUACUAUAUUCCUUUCUCGUCCGAGGUGUUCGAUCGCGUGGGAGGUUUCGAGGUUCGUGACAAGAAAGCUCCUGAAAAGGGUCGCUUUCAAGUGGAAGUGACCGAGCCAUCAAGCGGCAACCAAUACUUCGUGGUGCACCUUUCUGAGCCACUCGCUCCGAAAGCUCAAGUAACUUUGGGCAUCUCCUACUCCAUUCUGGCUGCAUUGAGCCCGCUCCCUGCAACCAUUAAGCAAAAUGACCAACAAUUCCUUACCUACACCUUCUCAGCCUACACGCCAUCAGCCUACCAAACUGUGACUCAAAAGACCAAGCUGAAGUUCCCCAACGCCAAUGUCCCCGACUACACCUCAACCGCAGGUCUUAAAUCCGGAGCCGACCCCGAGCGCAAGGGUGCCACUUACACAUAUGGACCAUAUGAUACCGCCAAGGUGACACCGGGCACCGAAUACCCUAUCACAGUGCGCUACGAGUUCACCAACCCUGUGAUCGCCGUCACUCGCCUGGAACGCGACAUUGAGGUCUCGCAUUGGGGCGGCAACCUCGCCACCGAAGAGCGCUACUGGCUUCGCAACAAUGGCUCGAAAUUGGCGAACCACUUCUCGCGGGUGGAGUGGACAUUCGCCAACUACCAGAAGGCCCCUUCCUCCGCCGUCCGUGAACUCGCCUACCCUCUGCAACCAGGCUCCGUGGACCCGUACUUCAUCGACGACAUCGGCAACGUAUCUACCAGCCGCUACCGCCCAGGUAACGGCAAGACCGCCGCCAACCUGGAGUUGAAACCCCGCUACCCCAUCUUCGGUGGCUGGAACUACAGCUUCAAGGUCGGCUGGAACAGCGACCUGUCCCGGUUUCUGCGCAAGGGCGCCGGCGCCGACUCUCACAUUCUGAAGGUUCCUUUCCUCCAGGGUCCUAAGAUGUCUGAGGGCGUCCAGUACGAGCACGUCGUUGUUCGCGUAAUCCUGCCCGAGGGCGCCAAACACGUUCGUUUUGAGACCGUCGAGGGUCUGAACAGCAAUGGCCUUCCUGGCUCAAACCAAAUACAUGCUAGCCUCUCAGGAUUCAAGACCUACAUGGAUACUCUUGGCCGGACUACUCUGACCCUGGAGGUCGACAGUCUGACCGAUGAAGCGCGGGAUGCGCAGUUGGUGGUUACUUACGAGCACUCGUUGACGGAUGCCCUGCGCAAACCUCUAACCAUCAUUGCGGGUGUGAUUACCUUGUUUGUCGCCACUUGGGCCAUCGGCAACAUCGACACUAGCAUCAAGAAGCGGUAG